AUGUACACCCUUCUCGUCCCAAAUUUCUACUGCUUCAAAAAACGUCCUCUUGGCGUGGUUGUGGCGCCUUUUGUCGGCAUGCUCUUUAUGCUUGCUGUUCGCCUGAUGAACUCGAGAAAGGUCUUUGCAAAGGCUUGUUACAAAGCGAAGUACCUGGAAAAGUUUCGACUUGUCUGGAAAAUCGCCGACGGAUGGGGCGGCACGCGCAAGAUCAAAACGAUACACCAUGCAUCCGUGCUCUACGAGCGAGCAACCGAGGACCGGACACGAUACCAGGGGCGCACACGAGCAGACUUUGAUACUCUACACCAGUCUGUCCACGAGUUCCGUGUCGUGGAUAGAUCCGACGCGCAUACUCGGGAGAUUCGGGGCGCGGAGCGGCCCUCGGCGCAGGCGACUUGGCCGGUUCAAGGGCACGAGCACGAGCACGAGCACGAGCACGAGCUCGACACUAAUACCUUGUUGAACCAGCUUUUCGCGGAAGUCAGCAAUAACCUCGACGAGCAGGGGGCCUGGUCUCAAUGGUGGCCGGCGAUUGAUCAGGUGGAUCUUUAA